AUUUCCGCGAAACAAAAAUCCAGACUGAUAACGCAACACUCAACUAGCCAAAUUGUAAUAUCUGUGGGUUGCAAAUCCUCCGCGUGUACAAACAUCAACAGCACAGUAGGAAUUGGAUCAAAUGACAUCGACGGUUCCAUCGGCUGCUAUCAACGUGUGGCAGCCUGUGAACAUCAAUCGAAGUAACCGACCGGUUCUUAAAGAUGAUGAGGAAAUCGUUUAUAUCAGAGACAAUGUUGGACUCUACCAGGGCCGGGUGAAGAUCGUCAAUCGUCAGAGUGGUCGGGUAUAUUUAACCAACAAAAGAGUGAUUUACAUUGACAACAAGGAUAUCAAAAAGUCAAUGGCUGUUGACAUCGAUAGGAUAUAUUUGGCUGCAACCAUUGAUGGGUUUCUACGGUCAUCUCCAAAAGUCAAACUAUAUGUGAACGUGGAAGAAGAUUCCAAAGGCGGGUCCAAGUCUGUGAGCUUGUUCAAGCUGUUGGACUGGGUGUGUAAGAUAUGUUCAUUUAACAAUCAUCUCGACUCUAACUACAAUUUGAACAAUCUACCCAGAUGUGUAUCAUGUGGGAUUCCUCCACAAACAAAGUAUAUUGAGAGCCUCCAGAACAGGGAAGAGGAGACUUCAAACGGGUUGGAAGAACGCAGAGAUGACCAAUGUACCAAGUGUACAUUUAUUAAUCACCCAUCCCUACGGUACUGCGAGAUGUGCGGAAGUGAGUUGAAGUCGAGUAUACCAGAAGACCUUAGGGCCAAAUUACAUUCAAGCUCUGCUCCUGACAUCAAUGAUGAGCAGGGAAGUUUUAAUAGGCUCGAUAUCGUCCUUGAAGGAGAAGAACUGUACUCAGGAGAUGCCAAAUAUGUGAAACUCAGUUUCAGAACCGGCAAUGAGCAACAGUUUUAUACUAUGUUGAACGAAAUCUUGGAAAAAAGAAGAUGGGAAGAGCUUCAGAGUCGAGGUGGAGUGAACCAGGGAGCUGUCAAACUCAAUAAUGUGGAAGAGCUGGUAAGAAUCAAAGAAAGUGGAAUUUACAGGCUUCAAUUGAUCAGUGAACAGACCCGUAAGCAGAAUGAGAUGACCCUAAGCAGUUCAUUGGAGGAUCUUGAGCAGUUGAUGUAUAAGGCCCAGGAUUUGCUCAAGCUCUCGUCAUCUUUCAACCUGUUUAUCAAGCCUCGAGUCCAAUACAACGUCAAACUCAGUGCUCUUACCGUUAGUAAAACAUCGAAGAUAUAUCACGAAGAGCUUGCCAGGCAUCUCAGCGAGUACUUGACCAACUAUAAGUUGGUCAAGAGUUCAGCAAUGAUCACGUUACCAGAUUUAUUUGCUGACUACAACCGAUAUUUGAUCUUAACUCAAGGAUUCGGAAUGGAACUUGUGACAUCUGAAGAUUUCGGCACGUCAGUUGAAUGUUUUGAGAAGCUCAGCUUACCGGUUGUGCUUCGGGAGUACGAUACGGGCUUGAAGAUUGUUCGUCCCAAGUUCAACGAUGACUACUCAGCUAUAAUCGUGAAUCACUUGAAGAACCAGGAGGUUCAAUUCAAGUUCAAUAAGUUGAAACAGAGCAUUUUACAGUCUUUCGAUCAAAGUUUCGACCAGGACGAUUAUUUCAAAACUGGCUACAAGUACUUCAAGGGAAGCACUGUUAGUGAGAUCAGUGAACAUUUUACCUGGUCCAACGAUAUCACCAUUGAAGAACUUAAGAAGUUGGUGGAGGAUGGGCUCAUUUUGAUAGACAAGACGAUUCUGGGCACCUUCUAUUUCAUCAAUAAGAUCACCAACUACGACUUUGAUCAAGAACGUGAACACGAUGAGCAGUUGAAGCAAGAGGUUGAGAGUCAAUUGAUUAAGGAACAGGCUCAACUAGAAGCUUCGAAUUGGGGAUCGCUAGAACCAAUUGAAUUUCAAGACGUUGAGUAUGACAGUCCGGCAAUGAAGGAGUUAAAAGGGUUGAAAUUGACGUAAGCAUCUCGAUCGCACUAUGAAAUUCGAUCAUCUCAGAGUUUUCGCUAAUUCCAGAUAAGAUUCGCAUAAUGGAGGGCCGAGGAUAGUACAAUAGAUACCAUAGAAAUGAUUCAAUAUAUACCAGAAGCCCAUGC